AUGUCUUAUUCAUUUAAUUUCUCAACGCCAAUCUUCUCAAAUGAAGCAUCUAUUCAAUUAAAUGACACUAUUCCUACACCAUAUAACCUUUCUCAGUGUUUAUAUUUCCACAAUAACUUUAAUCAUUAUUCAAACUUUCCCAACUGUUUAUUGAAUAAUUUAAAAUUGGACUCAUGUACAACGAGUCAAAUCUAUUGUAAUGAUAGUGGUUAUGAAAGUAUUGAUAGUUUGAAUAGAGUGAAUCAGUCUAAACAAAAAAUUUCCAAAUUAAAAUUCUCAAUCGAUUCUAUCUUAUCACAAUCACCAUCAAUGUCAUCAUCAUCAUCAUCAUCAUCAUCAUCACCAUCAUCGUUGCCAUUAAUCAAUAAUUCUAAUAUGAGUAGUAUAUUUUUUAAAAAUAAUGAAAAUUCUACACCAUUAAUUAAAACAAAUAGAACAAUUGAAUGUUUUAAUCAAUAUAAUGAACAGAAUAAUCAAUUGAGUAUGAUUGAAAAUCAAUAUUUUCUUGAUAAUGAACAAUUAUACCCAAUGGAUUUAUCCAUUUUUAAUUGUAAAUCAUCAUUAAUGAUGAAACAAUCAAUAAAAAAUGUGAUAAAAACAACUGAUGAACAAUAUAAUUGUCGAUAUUGUGGAAAAUCGUAUUCACUGAAGUCGUCAAUAAGAUUACAUGAAGCAACGCAUACAUUGCCAUUUCAUUGUCAAGAAUGUGGUAAACGUUUUUCACGUCCAUGGCUUCGUGAUAUACAUUAUAGAACGCAUACAGGUGAAAAACCAUAUGAAUGUAUUAUAUGUGGCCGACGUUUUGCUGAUCGUUCAAAUAUGCGCGCACAUCAACGUGUUCAUAAAGAACGAGAAUAA